AUGGAGGACAAGAAGUGGCUGUUAAGGCCACAGCCGCGGCAACCAACGCCCCUGGGCAUGAACUAUAAGCCCUGGUACCAGGACAAGUUACCUUCCAAGUGUUUCGCAAAGCACAAGAACAAGCUUCUGAAGUUCCCCAGUUCCCUGGACGGCCGGCGGUGGAUAUUUGUGAAAGAGGGGCUGGACGACUUCAGGACAGGAUGUCCACCUUGCAAGAAUCUCAUCACUCGCGGCCCUAAGGAAGGUUUUCUCCCCGUUAUUGCUCAUAGAAUUCCCAAACCUGCCCCCAGAAAGAGUCGGGUAAAGCUGCCCAACAAGGCAGACCUGUUUUCCACACUCUCACCAGCCCAGCAAGCACGGAAGGCAUUCGUAGAGGACAUCGAAGCCAGCCUGACCAAGCAUCCCUUGGCUCACUACCCGAAUCUGGAGGAAGUUCUGCCUGCCGACCUCCUAUUAAAAGUGCUGAAAGUGCUUGAUCCUCACAGGAAGCUGGAGGACACAUGGGCCUAUUGUCAGGGCACCAAAAAAAGAAGGAAGUCCCCCACAAAGCUCUUUAAAAGACGUCCUACCAAAGUCUACCUGGACCUUCCCAAGGAAACUCCUCUGUUACCUUCAGACAAUUGGCUUCUUGGGGAAAAGGAAAACAAGAAGUCAAGCACAGAGGAUAUUCCCCAAAGGCCUCCUCUUUGCAAAACAAUAACAAGAGAACUUACUAAAUUCUGCAGAUGGACUGAUACUUUUGGAGACUUGGGCAUUGAUGAAAAGUUCAUCAUGAAUUAUGUGACAUUUGACGUUCACGAGGAUUACAAACUAAACUAUGAUACUGGCAAAAUAAAGAAAAUAAGCCAGGUUCCUUUGGGAAUAAAGUACAGCAAACAGCUGGAUAAAACAAAAGAGAAAAAAUUCUCCAUACAGGAAGAAAACUUGGAGAGGGAAGACCAGAAACCACAGGAUCUUCAUACACCCAGCCGGGUGAAGAUGAGGUAUGGAGCAUGGUACCUGAAGCCCAAGUUGUGGACAAAGCUAAUAAAUGACGAACCUCUGAUUGACCCUAAAAUCUUACUUGAAGCUCAAGGUGCGAACUUGAAACCAGACAUUCUUGAUGAUCUUUAUGGAACAAUUGCCUUUAAAGAUUUCAUUGAAAGCAAGGGCUACAGGAUGCCGGAUGUGCUUGAGAAGGUGUUUAUCAGGAAAGGAUGGACUUAUGAUGCCGUCACGACUCCACUACACCGAACAAAUAUACUCAAUUUAAACGCGGAAGGCUGGGAUGGAACCUGGAACACGUUGAUGGUACGCCACCCGCUCCAGCCCCCCUCCGCCCCCCUGACCCCAUCACUUCUGGCGGUAAAGGUCACGCCCAACGGUCACACCUCUGCUCACUGCCUGGCCCUGGAGGGCGAUCUCCUCCAGCCGCCAUCCUAG